AAUGCCAAAUGUUGACAUAUUUUUUCUGACGCGACAAGGAUACAUUUGAUUUUGUCAGAAAACUAUGGCUCAAGAAGGACAGGAUAUACCCACAUUCAAGUGUUUGCUGGUCGGUGAUGGCCUUACAGGAAAGACGACAUUCGUCAAGCGCCACAUGACCGGCGAGUUCGAGAAGAAUUAUGUGGCCACUCGUGACGUUGAGGUGCAUCCUCUGAUCUUCCACACAAAUCGCGGUGCCAUCCGCUUCAACAUCUGGGACACCUCUGGCAAGGAGAAUUUCAAAGGCCUGCUCGACACGAGCUGCGUCCUGGCCCAGUGUGCCAUCAUCAUAUUCGAUGUCACAUCGCUCGUCUCCUACAAGAACGUGCCCCGUUGGUAUCGCAAUGUCGCCCGCGUCUGGGAGAAUAUACCGAUCGUUCUCUGUGGCAACAAGAUCGACAUUAAGGAGCGCAGGGUUAGUGCGAAGAGAAUUGACUUUCAUCGCAAGAAUAAGUUGCAGUACUUCGAUAUUUCCGCCAAAUUGUAUUACAACAUUGAUAAACCAUUUCUUUGGCUGGCUGGCAAGCUGAUGGGUGAUCCUAAGCUGAAAUUUGCCGCGACACCAGCUCUACUGCCUCCAGAGAUGAAGGUAGACAAGGAUUGGAAGCUGCAGGCCGAGCGUUCCUUGCAGGAGGCCCAGACGAUUGCCCUGCCCGACGAGGAUGAUGACAUGCACUGCAGCCAGCUACACCCAUGAGAAGCAUCCUCCGCCACAAUAAUAGGAAGAGGAGGGCCACUCGCAGGAGAGUGUAAAUAAACUAUGACAAAACACACAUAUUUUAAAAGUCUCUCCUCGACAAGUGUUACAUCAUCAUACAAUCUAUAAUAUCA